AAUAUCAUAACCAUUGUACAGGACAACAUUUAUAAAACAGAUUAUAAGUACAUUUAAAUUAGAUUUAUUUUAACAUCACUGGUUUCUGCCUUAUUCAGAGAAGGAUGUAGGCACAGUGGAGAUGGAGCCCCUCAACAGUGAUGAUGGAACAGAAGAAGAGCCGAAAAAAAACAAGAUUCCAAAGAAAGAGAAAUCGGUACUUCAAGGGAAGCUUACCAAACUAGCGGUACAAAUUGGGAAAGCAGGGCUCUUCAUGUCAGCCAUCACAGUCCUCAUUCUUGUGGUGCUCUUUUUGGUGGACACUUUCUGGAUUCAGGGGCUUCCCUGGAUUAAAGACUGCACUCCUAUCUACAUCCAGUUCUUUGUCAAGUUCUUCAUCAUCGGCGUCACUGUGCUGGUUGUUGCCGUGCCUGAGGGUUUACCGCUUGCUGUCACUAUUUCAUUGGCAUAUUCUGUGAAAAAAAUGAUGAAGGACAACAACCUGGUGAGGCAUCUGGACGCUUGCGAGACGAUGGGAAAUGCCACUGCAAUUUGCUCUGAUAAAACAGGCACCCUAACCAUGAACAGAAUGACCGUGGUUCAGGUGUAUAUUGGAGACAGACACUACAAGAAGGUCCCGGAGCCUGAUCUGAUUCCUGGCAACAUCAUGAAUCUUCUCGUCACAGGCAUCAGUGUCAACUGUGCAUAUACUUCAAAAAUAAUGCCUGCUGAGAAAGAGGGCGGUCUGCCCCGUCAAGUUGGGAACAAAACUGAAUGUGCCUUGCUAGGGUUUACCACUGGAUUACGAAAAGAUUACCAAGCCAUUCGCAAUGAAUAUCCUGAGGAAAAAAUUUACAAAGUAUACACCUUCAACUCAGUCAGGAAAUCCAUGAGCACAGUCCUAAAAAAUCGAGAUGGAAGUUACCGUAUGUUCAGCAAAGGAGCAUCAGAAAUCCUCCUGAAGAAGUGCUGUCAAGUCCUGACAGCUAAUGGUGAAGCCAAAGUCUUCAGGCCCAUUGAUCGGGAUGACAUAGUGAAAAAGGUGAUUGAGCCUAUGGCCUCUGAGGGUUUGAGGACCAUCUGCCUCGCUUACAGGGACUUCCUUGUUUCGGACGGUGAGCCUGAUUGGGAUAAUGAGGCAGAUAUCCUGACUGGACUUACCUGCAUUUGUGUGGUGGGCAUUGAGGAUCCUGUUCGGCCAGAGGUCCCUGAUGCUAUUAAGAAGUGCCAGCAAGCAGGCAUCACUGUGCGCAUGGUCACAGGGGAUAACAUUAACACUGCUCGAGCUAUUGCAACCAAGUGCGGCAUUCUCCAUAUAGGCGAUGACUUCCUUUGCCUUGAAGGCAAAGAGUUCAACAGACGAAUACACAAUGAACUUGGAGAGAUUGAGCAAGAGCGGCUGGACAAGAUCUGGCCCAAACUGCGUGUACUUGCGAGAUCUUCUCCAACUGAUAAGCAUACAUUGGUCAAAGGUAUAAUUGAUAGCACCAUCGUAGAACAGAGACAAGUAGUUGCUGUCACUGGAGACGGAACCAACGAUGGUCCUGCGCUAAAAAAAGCUGAUGUUGGAUUUGCAAUGGGCAUUGCUGGUACAGAUGUGGCCAAAGAGGCAUCAGACAUUAUCCUGACUGACGAUAACUUCAGCAGCAUAGUGAAGGCAGUGAUGUGGGGGAGGAACGUCUAUGACAGUAUCUCAAAGUUCCUCCAGUUUCAGCUGACGGUCAAUGUGGUGGCUGUCAUUGUGGCGUUUACUGGAGCCUGUAUCACACAGGACUCCCCUCUCAAAGCUGUACAGAUGCUGUGGGUGAAUUUAAUUAUGGACACAUUUGCAUCACUAGCACUGGCGACAGAGCCUCCCACUGAGGCUUUACUGUUGCGCAAACCAUAUGGUCGUAACAAGCCCCUUAUUUCUCGCACCAUGAUGAAGAACAUCCUCGGACAUGCUGUAUAUCAGCUAACCAUCAUCUUCACGCUGCUGUUUGCCGGUGAGCAGAUCUUUGAUAUCGACAGCGGCAGGAACACUCCUCUUCACGCUCCUCCUUCAGAGCACUACACCAUUGUCUUUAACACAUUUGUGAUGAUGCAGCUUUUUAAUGAGAUUAACGCUCGUAAGAUCCAUGGCGAGAGAAACGUUUUCGAGGGCAUCUUCAAUAACAUGAUCUUCUGCUCCAUCGUAUUCGCGACCUUUGUUAUCCAGUUCCUAAUCGUGCAAUUUGGAGGGAAGCCUUUUAGCUGUGUAGGUCUCUCUGUUGAGCAGUGGCUGUGGUGUGUCUUCCUUGGCUUUGGCUCUCUUCUCUGGGGGCAGUUGAUUUCCACAAUUCCCACAAGUCGCCUGAAGUUCCUGAUGACAGCGGGUCAUGGCACUCAGAAGGAGGAGAUCCCUGAGGAUGAGCUGGAGGAGAUGGAAGACCUGGAUGAAAUCGACCACGCUGAAAUGGAGCUGAAAAGGGGGCAGGUUCUGUGGUGCAGGGGUCUCAACAGAAUUCAAACACAGAUCCGUGUGGUUAAUGCUUUCCGGGAUGUCAUGUCCCCAUACGAAGGCCUGGAGACGCCAGAGUCUCGCAGCUCCAUUCACAAUUUCAUGAGCCACCCAGAGUUCCGUAUUGAAGAUUCAGAGCCAGCCAUCCCUCUCAUCGAUGACACAGACCCUGAGGAGGAUGCACCUACUAUACGAAACACAGCUCCUUCCCCACUGCCUCCAGUUUUAUCCCCUAAUCAGAACAACAAUGCAAGCGACAACAGAGGCUUCCAUCAGCACAAAGAUAUAGCCAAAACUAUCCUUUCUCCGACUCCUGGAAGCCCAAUGCACAGUCUGGAAACCUGUCUAUAAUCUGCUACCACCCUAUGUCAGACCAAGUCAACAACCGAGGACACAUUAAGGACAUGGUCAAGGCUUCUGAGCCUUUGAUAGUGAACUGGAAAAGCAGCAAAACUUGUUUUACUUGUUUUUUUUAUUUAUUUCAUGGGGGUUUGUUUCAUUCUUUUCGUAUUUGGCCUACACACCCUGAAAGUGAAUGGUUUGGGGAAUUAACGGUGUUGCUCAAAUGUUCAAAUUCUUUCCACUUAUAUCUUGCUCAUUCAAAUAUUUUGAUAUAAGGUGUUUUGGCUGUUCAUAUACUGUAGGUAAAAAUGUUUUAGCAGUUUUUGGACAAGCUCUUAUUUUGUAUGCAAAAGGUUCACAUGUAGUUGCUGCUCUGUUUAAUUGUGAGCAAACACUUUUUGAAGGUGCACUAUUUGCCUCUAAAUCAGUUUUUAUUUGGAUUUUUAGAAAGCUAGGAAAAGAUGCAAUGCCUCUACAUCUAAGGGGUACGGCUCAGUGUUGCCAAGUCAAUUGGGCUACUCUAACGCUGUUUCCGUGGGUAGUUUUUCAUAGACUUAGUGUAGCAAAACAUGUUGUUUUUAUCAUGGCUUAACUAUAGUAACCAAUAACCAUGUUUUUUGGUAUUUUAUAUACAUAUUUUCAUGUUAUCUUUAAGGCAUGUAUUUGUAAAAAUGAUUAGGCAGCCGCAGCACACACCACAUAGAAUGAUGGUGCGCAUUUCAAGGCACUUAAUGUUACCUGUUUUGUGAAUGUAAAUUUUUUUUUUUAGUAUAUCAAUAAGAGAGUACGACAGGAUUUUACUCAAGUCUUUAUCACUUUAUUUAAAUUAAGCAAAACAAAACGACAAAUGUUUACUUUCACAAGCCGUCUCGUAUAGGCUUGUCUCCUGCUCAAUUAGGUAACAAAAAAUGUCGGGAAACGACACCUCUGGCCAUUCCGUUGUGUCGUUUGUCCAUUCACAGAUACCGUACGGACAGUCCGACCCAAUACGGCUCAGUUUUUAUGCGUAUGUUGCUCUGUCAAGCGGCAGAAAUAAUUUUAUGUAGGCCAUUCUGAGUCAACGCCAUGCUUUUCCAAUGAGGGGGAAAGGACUGUUUUCCCCCACGCCGACUCCACCCACACAGCUAUGACGGGACACCGAUGAUAUUUAGCCCCUAAAAUACGAAUUUUACCAGGGGAACACCCCUAUGGAAUUUUACCAGGGG